UCUUUAACCAAGAGUAAAGUAACCACACACAGGUCGCUAGUCGCUACUUACUUAUUAUAUACACCUCAGUCCCCCAGCUCACUACCAAGUAAGUACCAGUGGUCGAGUCAAGUACAAGCAUCAUCAUCAUAUCACUCCCCACAGUGUCAAAUGACCACAGCACCCUUCUCUUCAAACAAGGUUUGCAAACUCUAUAGCAAGGGUAGAUCUGUAAUUAAAGUUGAUCUCUUUAACAAGUCUCAGCAAGUGUCAAUUGUCCGUCCGUCUAUAAAAGUGACCUUAUUCCGAUAAGUUGAGGCCAUCCAUCAAAUUCAUCAAUCCUGAAAUCCUGAAAGAAAGGAUUCCGAUUAAUUCGUUGUGAGGAAAUGGCUAUCCGCAACCGCAACCGGCGGCCACAACACCUACUCCCCCAUCAUCUCAUCUUGAUCUUGGUGGGUUUUGUAGGAAUAGCCAUCAGCAGCACUGCCUCCGCACAGAAACAGAAUGCGAGCGAAGAGUUCUUAGCAGGUCACAACCAAGCCAGAGCUGCAGUGGGUGUCGGACCCCUAAAGUGGAGCAUGAAGCUAGCCACAGACGCCAGCCUGAUGGUGAGGUACCAAAGGGACAAGAUGGGGUGCAAAUUUGCAGAUCUCAGCAAGUCCAAGUACGGCUCCAACCAGAUGUGGAUGAGCGGACCGGUAUCGCUUGCGACUCCGGCUGCUGCCGUCGGAUCCUGGGUGGAAGAGAAGAAGUACUACGAUCAUGCAACCAACUCAUGCAUCCCGAAUCAUCAAUGCCUUUCCUACACACAGGUGGUUUGGAACACCUCUUCGGACUUGGGAUGUGCACAAGCUACCUGUGUGAAACCGACUCCUACUACCAUUACUAUAUGUUUAUAUGACCCACCUGGAAAUUUCAUCGGACAGAGCCCCUACUAGAGCCAGAGAUAGUCUGAUAGUCAGGAUAGAGAGAGAGAGAGAGAGAGUAUGUGUGUUCAUAUGUUGUUGGCUCCUUCUAUCAAGUUUCAGCUUCACGUGGUGGUAGGUGGUACGACUUACUUACGAGGGGGACCAUUCUCUCUCUCUCUCUCUAUAAUCAAAUCUUUUACUUAAUCUGAGUAUGAGUAGUAGAAACUAGAAAGUAGAAAAUGCUGGGAUAUUAGAGUAAUCCUCCUUUUCUUUUUCCUUUUUGGACGAGCGAGUUAUCGUUGUUAAGACAAGAUAGUCUAUUAUUUAGUCAUAAAUAAAACAGUUUAGUUGAUUUGGGUUAAUUCAAUUUUAAUGGAUGUGGGUAAGGGACUAAGGGUAAGGGUAAUAGAGAUCAAAUGAACCGACACAACUGAGGGAGGCAACUUGCCCACGAUGCAGGUCGGAUGGUCUCUCUGUAUGGAACUCUCUCAACUCAAGGAAUCUCCGUUUGUA